AUGCUCCGAUACAUUCUCCUCAUAGCUUUCGCCAUCGUGAUGGUCAUUGCCCGACCGGGAGGAUACAACCCAUACGGUGGUGGCGGCGGCUAUCAACCCGGUGGCUACGUCCCAGGAGGCGGCGGUCAGUUCGGAGGCGGCGGUCAGUUUGGUGGAGGCGGAAUAGGACAAUUUGGUGGAGGAGGCGACAUGGGAAUGGGAAUGGGAUCUCCUGGAAAA